CAAAAUAAUACCCGAUCAUUUUUGUUGCAAGCGACGAUGACGAGUCCCUCCCCAGCGCCGUCGAGCAAGCCAGAAGACCAGCUGAGCCCGCCUGCAUCGCGUGGAGCGACGUCUGAGCCAUCCCCAGAGCCAGAAUCAGCGGCAACGACGAGCAGCGACAAGGUCAAGGUCAGGUCGACGUCGCCAGACACAGGCGACGCUCAAUCUUCUUCGGCCUCUGACACCGCCCCAUCCUCCACCGACGCCGGAGCCACUCCAGCAUCAUCGGGCACACUGUCCGCUGGUGCAUGGCAGGCCAUUUAUUCCCCCCAACAUGGCGCUUAUUAUUUCCACAACACAGAAACCAGAGAGACUACCUGGGUUAACCCCAUCCAACAACCGUCCGCUGGCCCAUCUUCCUCGACGUCCUCUGACCCAAAUCACUCAACAAAUACCAAUCAUAACCCAUACGAUCCUAAUUCCCUAGAGGCCCGUGCGAUGGCCGCAGGCAUCGACCCCUCGCUUGCUCAUCUCGAUCCCUCCCUUGCCUUGCCCGCUCAUGCAACUCCGGGAGGCGCUUUUACCGCCCGCUUCAACGCUCGCACGGGCGCUUUCACUGCUGCCGAUGGGCGCACACCUCAGCAUCUCUCCGAGUACGAGCGCAUGAAACGCAUGAGCGAGUUCUACUUUGACACGAGCGCAUGGGAGAAAGAGGUCGAGGAAAGACAAAGAGAAGAGGGGGAAGGCGGUAAAAAGAGGAAGAGACCAUCAAAGAAGGAUUUGGAGCGAUUCAAGGAACAGAAAAAACUGAAGAAGAUAGCAAAGACAGCAUGGUUAAGGACGUAGACUCCUCGUCCCUAAACGCCGGCGCAGGCUUUGUAUUCGAUCUCCAUCAGGUCACUGGUGUCGUCGGUGGCACGUACAUAUCUACUGUACGCAGAGCUACCUAACUUUGUUACAAUAUAUUGUCUUGUCGAACGCAGAUCGUGAGGUUGGCAAACUCGAAUUAACACUUUA